AGAAAAUUGAGAGAGGAGGUAAAACCUUUUUUUUUUUGGAAACAUAUAAAAAAUGGAUCCUUUUUUUUUCUGAAAUUAAUUGGAAAUUUAAUUUUAAUUAGACACAAGCAUUUGAAAAAGAUCGAGUUGUAUGGCAAGAACGCGAAUCAGAAUUGAUUGAUCAAAUAAAAGCUUUACAAGAUACUGUUAGUGUUCUAGCACAACAGAAUGAACAAGUUUCAGAAAGGAGAGAUGAAUGUUCAAAGAAGUAUCAAAGAAUUAGAGCGACGUAAUAAUGAAUUAGCUACAGAACUUGAAAAAGCAAAACAAGCAACUAAUGAAUCUGUAAAUAUAAGCAAAAAUCAUGUGCGUAGAAUUCAACAAUUAGAAAAUGAAUUAUCGCAAGUGAAGCAUAUGAAUCAAUCAUUAAUGGAAGAAAAUGAAUCAUUCCAACGAUUAAUAUUUGAAAAAACAAUGAAAGGCGAAUUUAUGUUUAACCCUAUAAUGCAGCUAAAUGAUUCUCACAAGCAUGCGGAUGUCAUUAAGAAAAUUACAAAUGGUAUUUCUGGAAAUGCUUUAGAGGCUGAAUUAACCCGUGCGGAUGAACUAACUAGUUCUCUUCUUGGCGAACGUGUCCAUAAAGAAAGUGAUCAUACUAUUAUUGAUAAAUUCCAAGAGGAAAUCAAAUCACUCAAUGACGCAAAUAAGGAUAUGAGACUAUAUAUUGAAAAAAUUCUUCACCGUAUUUUAGACGUUCAAGGAUUUGAAGAAAUUUUGUCUUUUGAGUGGAAGAAACCAUCAGUAUCUAGUCCUGUAUCACCUACUACAGGAUCAUUUGGUUUCAAUAAUAUUAAUAACAACAAUAACGAUAAUAACGAUAAUAACGAUAAUAACAGUCAAGAAGAAAAAAAGACUACUAAGAAAGUUGAAAGACGUAAGACAUUUUCUGGAUGGCACUUCCGUAGUACUUCUCAACCUCAAAAUACUUAUAAAUCGGAUAAAAUACCCGAAGAACCUGAUACACCUCUCCCAUUACCAACCAGAAAAUCAAAUGAUGAUACUCUUCAUCCUCCUAGUGUAAUUCAAAAACGUCCAUUAAGAAGGAAUUCUACAUCAGCUAAAAACACAAAUCGACUUAGUAGCUUUUUUGGUUGGGGUGGCGGUGUAAAAGAGGAAGAAAAGAAGGAAGAUCCAUUCAUGAGACCUAUGAUCCUCUUGCAAGAACAAGAAAGGAAAGAUUAAAUUAUGAUAUAUAUGAUUUAACAUUUUAAGCAUUUUUAAAAAUAUCUUUUGAACAAAACUAUUCAAUUCUUGCCAUUAUAAAUUUAGUUAAAUUUAAAUGACUUUAUUUUUUUUUUUUUUAAAGAAAAAAAAACAAA